AAACCACAUUUAACACAUUAGGCAACUGCGAAGUGUCGCUGACAGGAAAAUAACAUUGUGCCCUCGUAGUCAUUGUUUUAUGAUUUAAAUAUCCUAAAUAAUCCAUCAGGUAAACACCUUAAUUUCCCUGGAGCGAAAUAAUGUUUUAUUUUUGUCAGAGCGCAGAAUAAUAUAUGUAGACGAUAAGGGUCUGUAUUUUGUCAAUAAGGAAGAACACAAUGCUGAUCAAAUCGACGGAAAACUUUCUUGACAUUCACUUUACGGACUUCAACGGACUAAUACGACAAUAAGCCUGGCCUGUGGAGACCAAACCCACCCAGCCAUCCACCCUCACACUGUGAAAUCCACAACCCCUCAGAGGUGCAGUGAGGGCGAGUUGUAUACUUUAAAAGAGCCUGGCGUCAGUCCGGCGUGUAGGUCUGCUGUAAGGAGAAAGAAAACAGCCUGCAGUUCCGGGAAUGGAGGACGGUAGGCCCCUACCUCCAGAAGGGGGUGUCAAUCCCAAACUCUCCGUCAUAGCCAUCAAAUCAGAGUGUAACACGGAGGUUACAGCUAUCAGGAAAGAGCUAGGUCACCCGGAGAUAUCAACGCAAACGCGUGUGAGAAAAAACGAUCUAUGUGAUGUGCCUUGCAAGGUGCCUCGUUUCCAAUAUGUGGAUUUCCCUUCUUUGCACCAGUGCAUCCAACAGCUUUCUGUGCCUCCCAUGAAUGGUUGGCUGGGAUCCUGUUCUCUUGCAAAGUCACCAAACCAUAGACCUACCAGUCCUAGAGAAAAGGUGCCCAAGUUUAAGUAUGUGGACUAUCCCUCUCUCCACCACUGCAUUCAGCAGCUGUCUGUGCCUCCGUUAGAAAGCUGGAAUGUGGGGCUGGUCAAGCGUAAUGCAGAGGGAAGACACGAGGGCUUUGGGAUACAGAAGAUGCCCACUCACCCUGGAACUGUGAGAAACAACCAAAGGGCUAAGAAGAACAAGGCAGAAGAUCAGUACAAGGAAGUUACAGCAUGCUCUUUUCCAAACUUAGAACUUGACAAACUGAGAAACACACACACAAACUCAGGCAUGUGUAAGGAAGAGAAGCCUGUUGGAGGUCCUCAGCAAGGCUUCACCUCAGAUGAAAAGAGACUGCCAGAGAGAGUAGAGAAAGAUAAACCAUGCUUAAGGUUUUCUGCUAGAAAACCAGAUGUUGAUUUGGGAUCAGACUGUGCUUCCAGGUUAGAAUCUGGUUUUGGAUCGCAGACAGACACAAGGGUGAUAAGAAAUUGCAGACCUUCGGUUAUUAGCAUGGUGCACACAGAUAAACAAAAGCAAUGGAUAAAGACAGAUCACAUAGAAGAACAUUGGAAUCCUUCAGAUCCUGAAUGGGUGCCAUGGAAUUUUCUCCAAGAGCCAGUUUGCCCAUUCUGCCAACAGAUGUUCACAAAUCCGGAGCAGUUUAGGGCUCACCAGUGGAGCCAUAGAGAUAAGAGACCAAACUGAUGGCCAAUACUGAAAGAUCACCUGCCGGUUGAAAGCUGCUUUUGGCAAACAAAUCAUGCCGGAUUAUGGAAUCUCAUCAUCUGAGGCCUUCUUGUGUUAUGAUUGGCUACAGUGGUGACUGCUGAAAGGACUUUGAAGAGAUCAAAGACAUGACACAUUAGAAAUGUUUGGUUCAGACCUUAGGGAAAAUAAGUCUUUGUAUUUAUUGAUUACAUGAAAUUUUAAAAGGCAGAAUUGGACGGACAGAAACACAGAAGCAUACAAUAUUCUUUGUUCGCACAUGAACACACAUCCAAGCACAAAUAAUUGCAAGAGUGCAGACACACUCAUAGUAUCCUAUUUACUGUAUUAUUCAUAAGAGCUCAAUAUUUACUGCCUCACUUAAGGGCCACCAGUCAUAAUGGUGUUUCAACUGGCAGUCAAUUAAAUCCAGAUUUAUAGACUUUUCUACAUAACAAUAUGUAACAGACUCCUGAUGAGAUACAGGCAAGAGAAAAUUUUGUUGGGUGCCUAUGAAAUAAUAACUUUUGUUUGUGCUGCACAAACAAUCAGGUUUGUUAAUAAUGUUUUGCUAUCUAAAUGAGCUUCUGUAUUUUUAUGUUUUUGAAAUUCAUGUAUAGUGACUUUGUGAGCUGGUAAAUUUUUUAAAUCCUUUCAAGUUUGUAUUGUGCAAGUCAUUUUUUUCAUACAGAAAUAAAUGCUUGGGUUUUUCAAAACAGGCA